AUGGAGGAUUCACAAAUACAAAGGUGGUUGAAUGAGUUAGAAACUGAUGAUGAAGAAGUGAUUGAGAGCGAAAAUGACGAGUCUGAACUCUGCGAAAGUAAAGACACAAGACUAAGUGCAUCUGACGAAAUAUCAGAUUCAGAUGACUACCCACUCUCGCAACUAGUAACCAGAAGACGAGGUCCAGUCUAUAAAUCAACGAAUGGAACUAUAUGGCAAAAAAGAUGUUCCACCAGCACCGCGUAUUAG